UGCGCACUAUGCAGUACUUUGCAAGUAAUACAGUAUACGUAAACUGUCAAGUCCAUGCCAGUGUGGUUUAGUACAUGUUCAAAAGGGCAUGACAUUUCCUGUGGCUCUGAACUAACCUUUUUAUCAACACUCACUUAUUACAGUCUUAUGGUUCUGGACCUGUCAGCCAGGUGAGCAGGUGUUGCCGUGGUGGUGGAGCAAAGCCACAUAGCCAGUGGGUGUGGUGUCGUCUGCUGUCACUCCGCACGUUUUACCACAUGUAGGUUUCACCUAAACUCGUGAGGGAGAUCUAUUCCCCUCCUGGUGCCCGCACCGAGCAAAAGGUAUCAGCGCAGUCGCAAACCGGCCGCGAUCAUCGCUUUUUAAUAAGACGUCAUAACCAAGACACGUCACUGCUUUCAACAAUGGCAUUCAAGAACCUGAUGGAGUACCUGGCUUGGCUUUACUACCAAUACCUUCUGGUCACCGGCAUCUACGUGCUGGAGCCUUGGGAGAAGUCCAUCUUCAACUCUCUCCUGUUCUCGGCCGUCGCAAUGGUGAUCUACACCUCCUACGUCUUUGUGCCUAUCCACGUGCGCCUGGCGUUGGAGUUCUUCUCCGCCAUCUGCGGCGGCCAGCCGGAGAGCACCAUGGCCCUCAUGAACUAAGAUGGCUCGCAAUUACCUCCAGAAACUUCAUUUUAUAAAGGACGGGCAUCGAGUGAUUAAGAAUUAACUUCAUUGUGUGGAAAUGAUUAUCGAUGAAUCACGUUUUGAAGCGACUGAAACACUGCUUGAUUCACUCCGCUAGUUUGAUGUGUCAAGAAGAGCAACAUGGUGACGCCAGCUAUGGGAAGUUGAGCUACAGCCACACUACGGCCACACCUCCCGGCAACCGUAUUCUGCUCAAUGUGACGCGGGAACACUCAGAACACCCAUUUGAAGAAUUUAUCGAUCAAAGGUAAUCAAAUGCCCACCUCUAACUUCAACCAAAGCUGUCUAUCCUCUGAGCCAAUCAAAAGAUUUUCAAGCUGAAAAUGUUUUUAAGUCUAAACACCCCCGUGUAGUAUUGCACUCUUCACUGCCCUUUUCGCACCCUCACUGUGAGCUGUGGUUUGUUCUGUUUUGGUGUCACUACGUUACGCCUUUUGCAAGCGCACGCUACUCAUAUGUUCGGCAUGAGAGGUUACGUCAAGCUGCUCUCGCUACAUCUAUCCUAAACUCUCUAAUGGUUAACCGUGGGGCCCAUUUUGAGCUCCAUCGCUAACCAAAACAGCAGCACCUUUGGAGGCACAUCAACAGUCUUUUCAAAAUAAUUUAACUGUAAACGAGAACCCCCGCAUUUAAGAGUAACCUCUUAAAUGCACACCCUCAUUAAUACACAAUUUUACGUUUUGUGACAAGUCCUGCCCAGGUUUUUGCCAUUUCUCUGUGUAUCCCUGUAAUACUGUACUGGGCUCGGCAAUGGAUGGAGAUCAAGCCCUUUCGCAAAUCGUGGAAAACAGCAUGUCAUUGCAGGCCACCCAAAUGUUUACAAUGGCCUCUGUUAUAUAAUUUAUACCACAGAUAUACCACAGUUAGCUUUAAAAAUGAAUACAUACGAAGCUUGAAAUUGGGUAGUUCCACAGUAAAUUAAAAAUAAAACAAAAGAAACUGUAAAAAGGUGCAAACAUCUGGGAAAUUAUUGUGGCCUUAAAAAAAAGUGUUUAUUUUAUUUUAAACUGUGAAACUGUGGUUGACUAUGUAGCCCCCCGUGAAAACUGUUACUAACCAAAACAGCAGCAACUACCAAAACAUUAUUACAUUCUGUUCUGCAUUAACGAUGAUCUUAGGACAAUUUGUUUUUCAGUAGACUCGGAUAUGAUCGCUUCACCAUGUUGUGUAGCUUCAUAUUUAUUUGUUCCACCCAGUGUGCCUCUGCAUUUCCACGUAAUACAUUAAAAAAAAAUUUGAAGUCCCUCUAAAGUGAAGAAAAAUAUAGUCUAGAUUUGCCACGCAUUGUUUCUAUGCCUGCACAUCCCUACAUAUUUGAGGCACGAAUUUAUCCUUUUGGAUCAUUGCUGUGAAAGGUGUUAGCCACCUGCUCGCUCACGAACUAGCUCACGAGCUAGCUCAUGAGCUAGUUUCCACUUAGCUCACAGCCUAGUUCAUGAGCUAACAGGUUUCCGUGGCUCCUCACAGGCGGCAACCUCACAUCACCAUCUUGCUUCGGUAUUUAAUUAACAACACAGAACUGUUCUCUAAAUUGUGGCAUUCAGGAAGAUGAAUUUACAUGGUGGAUGGGUAGCUUGGGCUAAUGGCAUGGUUUAGAGGUAGGAAGGGGCCUAAUUAGGGGGUAAUUGAGCCAGAUAGCCACUGAUGCGAAUGACGGCGCUCAUAUAGUCGGUUGGAAAUGACUCAUGGCAGAUGCUCAAGUAUGAAACUGGGUGUUGUUUUAGCGAUGCACAAAAAAAAACUAACAAAAAAAGAAUCAGGAAAACGGAAAUGGUGACAAACGCUAUGUUGCAACAAUUCAGAACUACAUAGUUCUCAGCAACUACUACAUCUUCAUGCAUGUAUAAUGUGGUAAGAAAUUAAUCUCUGAAUUCACUUCACAUGAUUUAAAAUGUUCCAUGCACUAUAAUGUUAAAUUACAAAUGUAAAAGCUACACAAUGAAUCCAAAGUGUUUCAAAGUUGCACGUGGAAUGUUUCCUUUUGGAUAAGUGGGAAAGAGUCCACUAUGAUGAUAUUACAGCAUGGGCCCUACCUCCAUCCCUCCGGUGAUUUAACUGCUGGUAUGCCAGGAAGGCAUGCUCGUCACUGAGCACCGGCAAAUAUUGAUUUAGCACGCCCCAUCGUACUGUAGGUGUGGGCUCUGGCUUUCACUUUGAUAAGGCUUUACUCAUUGUUACUCAGCCCCAAAAAGGAAAAAUUUUGUUGGCCCAUGUCACAGCUUUAAGAGGCCUGCAUGAAAAGCAAAGAACUGCUUGCCCUAUAGUUGGUCUAGGGGUUCUCAAACUAUUUGGUUCCAUGGACCCCCUCAUAAUCCCAACGCAAAUUAAGCAUGAUGACCAUUUCUAUCCCUGAAUGCCACAAGAAUUAAAAAGGUGCCUCUUAUUAAAAAAAA